AUGGACACACCACCUAGCAUCCGUCAACAAUAUGCUGCACCUCCACAUGAGACACCAGCAGAGCGACGACGACGUCUUGUUAAUCGUCGGGCAGCAAAGUAUCGUCACUAUCGAUCGUUAAACGCUGCUCAGAAUGUAUCAGAUCCAGUGGUUGAAUUCCAGAGGCAACAAAAUAGUCGCAGACAGCGCGAACGCCGUUCGCUGUUGGACGACGAAGCGCGUGACCGCUUACGCGCGCAGAAUCAACGGCGUCAGCAGCUUAGAAGAAACAAUAUGAGUGAUGUAGAGAAGGCAGAGAUACGAGAGAAACAGCGUGCACGACAGAGACAGCGUCGACAGAAACUGGAUGAUGAUGCGCGCGAUGAGCUCCGGGAACGCGAACGCCUGCGUAUCACACGACGACGGCGACAUAUGAAGGCUUUGGAAAGGGAAAAACAGGCAAAAGAACCAGUUUCAUUGCUUCCAGCUCAGUUUUUACAGCCUGCAUUGACGGAGACAGAGAUGUUGCCGCACUUGAGACUCGCGCCGGAGCUGCCAACGUUGCGGCAGCAUCAGGAACAACAAAGACAGAGGGAGAUGCAGGGAAGGGCAUUUCCGUUUGUCGGAGGCUUGCAGAGUACACUGCCACCUCCACCGCCGGUGAUUGAGCGAGUAAGAGCAUUCCAGCACGAGAGGAUCCCGUCCCUGCCUCAUUUGCAGCAAGUGACGAGACCGGCGACUACGUCCUUGCUGCAUAUCACACCACCACCGAUUUUUACGAUCUCGGAAACGACUGGUGGUGGAUCAGGAAUUGCGGCGUCGACAGGGAUGCGAGCGGUUGCUAGUGCAGUGGUCGCGGCAACAAGACCACCGCCGCAACCGACACCGAUCAUACCCUCGGUUAGUUUGCCAUUGGCAAACAACCCCCUGACAGCACUGUCAAUGGUUCCACAACAACAGCAACAAUCUAGAACACCUAUUGUUCUCCCACCUGCACACCGUUCGCUUCCUCCAUUGCCUGACUUUCUUAACAGUCGCGAAGCGUUCAAUCCCCCGCCGCCGCCGGCACUGCUACUGCUACUUCGACGCGCGUUUCACGGCCAUCAAGCAGUGCUACUAGAGCUCUGUUCCCAUCUAUUACCGACCUUCCUCCUGUGCACACCGAUGCAUCAGACGUCGAAUCGUUUCUUCAACGAUGAGCAAAGUGUGGACACUAGGGAAGACGCGAUGGUCAAAUGCCAAGGUACCACACGUUGCGAUUGGAGCAAACCACCGGAAUUUUGUGGAGUCCGAACCUUUCGAGACCAAGACAUCUGGCCAUAG